GUUUUAAUGUACCAGUUGUAUGAGAAAAGAACGUGUAGGGUACGAGUAGUUUUACAAGUUUCAGCUGCAUUGUUGAUAACUGUUUAACUCCAACUUCUUAUCAAUGUGUGAAGCAUUUGUUACUUUAGCGACAAAUGAUGAGUACGCAUGUGGUGCUCUUGUUUGGGGGCAUUCACUGCGGCAAGUAAAUACGACGAGACAGAUUGCCUGCAUGGUAACAAAGCAGGUUUCGAAGCAGAUUCUAGACGUUAUGGGGUCCGUAUUCGACCAUGUGGAAUUUGUUGAUGUACUUGAUAGUAAAGACGAGACAAACUUGGCAUUACUUUCGAGACCUGAUCUAGGUGUAACCUUCACAAAGCUUCACUGCUGGAGAUUAACUCAAUAUACGAAAGCUGUUUUCAUGGAUGCCGACACUAUGGUAUUGAAAAAUAUUGAUGAUCUGUUUGAGCGUGAGGAACUAAGUGCUGCUCCAGAUCCAGGAUGGCCAGAUUGUUUUAAUUCUGGAGUUUUUGUUUUCAAACCCUCGUUGGAAACGUAUAAAAAGAUACUUCACUUUGCUGUCAGCUGUGGAAGCUUCGAUGGGGGUGACCAAGUUAAUUACUCCUCUCAGCACUGUAAUCGUACUCCAAAAAAGUGGCUGACUACAGGUGACCAUGUUUUUCGGUGUUUCUACAGAGCUGUACAAAGUAAUUUGCCGAGCUUUUUGAGAAUAUAUAAUGAAAGUCACCUUCAUAAUCGCAGACCAGGUGGGGAAACACAUUUUCGAGUUGUGAUCGUGUCACACUAUUUCAAUAACCUUUCUCCUGUUAAGAGAGAACGCUUAGUGUAUAAGUCAGUUGAAAACGAACUACAAGCUGGUGUUCAUGCUUUGUCAAUCAUAGACAGUUGA